UUGAAACCUAAAAAAAUCAUAACUCCGCCACCGAACCUGCAACCGAUAGUGUUCUACUUGCGGCUUAAAGAGCCAUGAUGUGACGCCUAUGCUAUGUUGGGUCUAAUUAAGCGUAGAGGAAACGCCUUCUUUCGUUCUCAAACCCUAGCCGCCAUUUACUCCAAGUUACAAAGGAGUAAUUGCACGCUUGCUGAGGGAGUCAUGGAGAAGUGUUCAGUUAUUGAUGAAGACAUAAGUUCAGUUGAUACAUCAAAGUGGAAGAAGGUACGAGCAAUUGACUGUGGGAUUAGAAAUUCAAUGGUGCCAGAAUCCUCUUUGAAUGUUUUGAGACUCCUUAGACGUCAAGGUUUCGAUGCAUAUCUUGUGGGUGGAUGUGUGAGGGAUUUGAUACUCCAUAGACCGCCAAAAGACUAUGAUGUGAUCACUACAGCUAAUCUUAAACAGAUCCGGCGGUUGUUUCACCGUGCUCAGGUUGUUGGGAGACGGUUUCCUAUUUGUCACGUGUGGAUGAAAGGUUCGGUGAUUGAGGUGUCCAGCUUCAAUACCGUGGCACAAAGUGACACUGAGCAUGAAAAUGAUACGCGGGAGUCCAAAGAGAGUAGCAACCUAUUCAAAAUGUAUUCUGGUUGGGAUGCAAAAGACUGCAAUCUCUGGAGGAAUAGCUUGCAAAGGGAUUUCACAGUUAACAGUUUGUUCUUUGAUCCUUUUGAGCUUAAAAUUUAUGACUACAACAAUGGAAUGGAAGACUUGAAGGAUCUAAAGCUACGUACACUCAUCCCUGCACAUGUGUCUUUCAGUGAAGAUUGUGCUAGAGUUCUCAGGGGGUUACGACUCUCAGCUCGAUUGGGUCUAUCGCUUUCAAAGGAUAUUAAGACUGCAAUACCUGAAUCUAUAUCUUCCGUUGCGAAUUUGAACCCGGUUAGAAUAUUCAUGGAAAUGAAUUACAUGCUUGGAUAUGGAGCUGCUGCGCCUUCCAUCCUUCUUCUCAUGAAGUACAAGCUACUUCACGUUUUGCUUCCUUUUCAGGCAGCUUACCUGGAACAAGCUACUAAAACAUCUCAACAAAGUUCCUUAAUGCUAAUGAAGUUAUUCUCCAAUAUGGAUAAAUUAGUUUCCUGCAAGCAACCUGCCGACUCCAGACUAUGGAUUGCGUUGUUGGCUUUCCACAUCGCACUAGUGCGUAACCCUCAGGAGGCUAUUGUACUGCACGCUUUCGCCUCCCUUCUCUACCACAGAAACUGGAGGGAAGCUCUCAGAUUCGCUAGAGAAAAUGAAAACUCAGUAGCUGGAUACGUCCCUGAGGUAUCUAAAAAAUCUUCGAGAAAGAGAUCCAAUGAAGAUCUCGCGGAAGCAGUUUCAGAAUUCGCAUCUCUGUUGAGAGAUACUCAAUAUGUUCUCACUGAUAUGGAUUCUCUCCACGAAGCCCUAUACCAUUUCCCGUCUUUCAAACGCUCUGGUCUGGUGUUUGUAUCGAAGAACAAGGGGAAACAGCUAGCGGAUUUGUUUACGGGAAUGAGUGACGUGGAAUCAUAUAAAAGCGGAAAACAUGGUUUCUCUAUUGACUAUUGCUCACUUGGGAAAGGAGUUACAUGCGAAGUAGGGUUUGUUCUUGGCAAAAUCAUUCUGGACACCAUCAUCGAACAGCCAACUCCGGUCGAGAAGAAACAGAGCGCCAUAGAUCAGAUUGUUCCAUCAGCUUGUAUGGAGGAGAAGAAGGCUGAGUUGGCCAUUUCUAAGGAGGAUAACAAAGGUCUAGGCCAAGUCCAUGACUCAAAGGCAUCAUCUGUUUUUAAGGCUAACCAAAAGAUUUUGAAGAGGAUGAGAGAAAACAGUGAGCACAAGAAUGAGCAAGAGUCUGAGUUUUGUCCGGACUCGACCUUGUCUGGUCAAGCAAAGAAUCAAGAUCAGUCUGUAGUCCAAAAACCUAAGCGGCUUCGGCGUCACAAAGAAGCACUAGUCCCAGAGGCUCUGAAACAAAAGACUUCAAAGAGGUCAAAAUCAUAUGAGCAAGAGACUGUGGAGAGUCUCUCUGGUCCACUGGUAUCUGAUCCGCCUAAGCAAAAGACUUCAAAGAACCGUUUGAAGGAGACGCAGAAAGUGGAAUGCGGUGACAUCUCUACGAAAGAGAUUCAAGAUGCAAAACUCGGCUUCGUAUCUGACAAAUCUAUGAGCGAUCUUCUAAAAGUUCUUGUGAAACCAAGUCAACAAGCGUCAAGCAACUCGUUACCAUCAUCGGAGAAGACAAAGAAACCAAGAAAACUCUCAAGUCUCUUCAGGUGAAGCUGUUCCCCAUAUGAAAAGUUGAGGGCUUAAAGCCAUGUCGGAAACCUUCUCCAAAAGGUCUACAUUCAGUGGCAGUCUCACUCCGCAAUUUUUAACAUGUGUACCAUGUAAGCUUGAACCAAUUAGUCUUUCAUCUUGUUUUUGAUUUUUUCGCCGUUAGAUGAUGUUGCAUAAUUUGUAAGGAACUAAAUCAUACGCUAAUAUAGAAGAAGUUAUGAUGAUAAAUCGAAUUCUAAAUUAA